AUGGCAGGUGAAUUGCAACCUGGCAACCGUACCGGUCACUUGGUUCGACCACCAUUUUCCUUCUCUAAAUCUGAACCCAAAGCAGGGACGUCCGCCCAGCCAAAGAAUACGAAUCUAUCUCGAGGCCUAAGACGAGCUUACUCUUCGGCAUGCUCUCCGCCAUUUUCUGUAGACACGAUUAAAGAGACUGAUCCGUACCGAAUCAAACUGCUUUGGCGAGACGUCAUGGAAAAAAACACACCUCGAUACGCACGCCAAACCAGAAACCAGGUUCGAUCAAAUACGACUCCAAAAUGCACCCUCCCGACAUCUGUCUCCAAAAUCAGUACUCCUAGAAUGGAGGUCCCCAAAACAGCCACGGUCCACGACGCUGACUUCCAAGAUACUCAGUUACUUCCGCGGGGGGUUGAGAUACACAAAUAUAAGAAUUCCAACUCAGACGGGGCUCACGGCCAUCUCGGCACCGAGAGACCUUCGAACCCAGCUGAAUCAUGCAAAUUUUACCGAUCAGUCGUUCAAAAAGCCCUUGCAGGAAGAGCUGACCGGGAUUCCAAGGAAUAUGCUUAUCAGAAACUGCUCAUCGGACCGUACGCCGUCUUUGAGGACGAUGUUGAAAGACAGCUUUGUGCUGUACGGUGUGUGGAAGUCUCGCUCAAGCCCCGCGAAAGCUCGGACCGAAUCAUGUGGGAUGAACCUCCAAUGAUCUCGAAACAGCCCCCACCCUCCAAACCCUUUGGCUUUGAUACUUACGCCGACUGUCAAUUCUGGCUUAGCGACAAGAUCAUAAACCCCGAAUAUCGAGAACGUGCUAACCACAUCGUACAUAUGAAGGCUUUGGGUACAUUUUGUCCCUAUUUCUCGAUUGAGUUCAAAGCCACAACUUACGACAGGAAGGUUGCGGAUAAUCAGGUAGUUGUCGAUGGCCUGGCUUCCUUGUUUAAUCGAUAUCAGUUGAAGGUCCUCGCCUUUCCUCAUCCCUCUCCCGAACAAUUGAAAUUGGUUCGUCAUUAUGGAUUGACAAUGGAGAAAAAUCGUUGGACAGUAUGGCUCUUUGAACCCAAAACAACGAAGAAGGCGACUUGGGCCGGCUGCACAGUACGAAUUCUUGAUACUGGGACCUGUGGGACUAACCGAGGAGUGGUCGCAUUGCUUGAAUGGAUCAACGAAAUUCACCGGUGGGGCCUCUGCGAGUACGCUCUCGGAUGUGAGGAGGAUAUCAAACAGGAUUUGAGCAAAGGUUCCAGUAAUCUCAGAAUAUCCGCCAUAGGGGUCUCAAAGGAAACCGAAACUGCGAAGGAAACCGGAACGGUGGAGGAAGUCUAA